AUGAAGAGCUGCAUCUUUGCAACUACUCUUUUAGGAUCAGCAGGCAUGGCCUCGGCUGCUGAAUAUCCUUCGAUGGAAAUGGAUACAUGGUGUAUCACAUACCUGUCUACCUAUCUUGCUCCGAUUUCUGUUGCGCCCGGUGUGUCACCGUCAAGUCAUAUGACAUUGUUCGGAAACAGUUCAACAGCAACGGCCUCCAUCACAGGUGGCCAGACCAUAAUCGCUUCUGAGCUUAGCUCAACGUCUGACUUGUCGAGUUUCGAUGUUGCAACGACCGAAGCACAAACUGGCUCUGGCACACUAUCCUUUGGUUCGAUAACCGAACCGGUCGAUACGUCUUCAGCGUUUGCAACAGACAUAUCCUCUUCGGCCUUGCCCACUUCAACCGGCAUUAUCGAACCACCGGGACGAUCUGUCAUCUUCCUCAUCCAGGCAUCUGGUAAUCAGAAACGAGAUGUUGAGAAAAGAGAAGCCGAAGGCUUUCUCUUUGUUGGCGGUUUACCAACGUUUUACGCCGGUGAGAAUUACAAAGCACUGGGUGUUCAAGAUGGAGGCUCUUUUCCCCAAGACGCCAUUACGAAGACCUUUGGAACUACGGGACAAAACCUCAUUUUCAAAAACUCCGGCCUACCAAAUGGCGAGGCAGGUUUUUGUCAGGACUCUAGUGGUCAAGUGUAUAUCACCUUCACUGCUAGUCCUCCUGGAUGUGUCCCUGUUACUCUAGGCGUCUAUGACGUCACCCAAUGUCAGAAUGGUCGACUUGUCGGUUUCGAGACUUCGACCUCUGCUUCGGCAAGUUCCACAGAGGCAAGCACAGCUGAAAGUGUGAGCUCUGGAAUUUUCAGUAGCGAAGAGCCCACAACAGCAGAAACAGCCGCCCCCACAGAGUUCAGUUCUCUUUCCUAUGUUGAAACAAGCAGUACCCUGCCCGAAAUGUCUGCCUCCUCGCAAACAUUCGGCUCUGUAUCAUCUGCCGCUUCUUCCCGAAGUGUUGAUGCAUCCACGUCAGCAUCCGGUACUGAAGUAUUUUCCACUAUCUCUUCCGAAGAGAUCAUUCCACCUACUUCAACCUUCAGUUCUGAAGCCUCUACCACCGUCACUUCCCAAGAUGCUGAUACAUCUGCCUCAAUCUCUUCCCAAGCAGUCGAUUCCGAGACAUCUGCCAUCGUUUCUUCUGAGCUUUUUGAUUCAUCUGUCACCAUCCAAUCAACCCUUUCCUCCAGCGACUCUAGUACCGAGGCACCUUCCUCUACUGAGUUGGAAACGUCGAAUUCGCUCGCAAGCACGUCAGAGGAGCCAUUCAGCACGACCACUGAAACUUCAGGUGAUUCAACUUCAGAGACCUCAUCAGAGCUAGCUAGUUCAAGUUCUGAAGAGAUAACUUCAGACCAAUCGACCACAACUUCAGAGUCUUCAACAGGGAUCACAACUACUACUGCAGACACCACUACCGACCUCAUAACGACUACGACCUCUGCUGCCGCAUUGAGUGAGUGCCGCAGCGACUCUAACCCAUACUCAGACAGUGAUUCCACCUUUGAUCUCUCCUGUGACUUCAGUGUCGAUAGCAGUGCAUCGAUAGGAGUAGUUCAAGCAAACAGUUUCAACCAGUGCGUCUUUUUCUGCGCUCAAGCGUCUAACUGCGCUGCCAUCCAGUACGAAAAGUCUACAAUGAACUGUAGCGGAUUUAGGUCAUUUACUGGAACUUCCGCGAACGCUCAGUUUGAUGUUGCGGUCAAGCAACCUUGA